AUGGCCGCUCACGCCUCCACGGAUCAGCAGAGCUGUUCCAGCUGGAUAACGGACUUCGCCUUGACGAACCACACCCUCAUGGACGCCAUUCUCGGCUUCUUGGCGUUCCACGUCCGCCGCUCGGCGCCGGACGACAGCAGUAAUACCCUUGCAGCCAUUUCCGAGGCCUCGGACGCGUUGCCGGGGCCGGGGUCGGGAACAUUCGGUUUCUUGCUGGAUUUUCUCGACGAGGCCGAGACGAGCCUGGAGAUGUUGGAGGCGUACCGCAUCGCCGUCAGCAGCCUCGGAAAGAUUUACGCGGCGCCUUUACUCCGUGAUUUACUGCGGUCUCCCGUGCGCGUUUCCCCGCGACUCGUCGAGCCGGUAGAAGCCCAGGACCCGAGGACGCUGGCCAUCGUAGGGCGUUUUUUUAUGCCCUUGAAGAGGAGGGCCACAUACCUCUGGUGGGCGCAGGGGGCGGCCGAGAAGGAGUUUACCGGCGUGAUAAGUAUCCUGCCGAGGGAUUGA